AUGGAUAAUCUAUCUCAACUGGCUCUCAGGACCCAGACCAUAUUUGGUGGUAUUCAUUUCAUUUUCUUUCUAAUCUCCUGGCCAUUUGUAAUUGGUUUCCUGAAGGAUUACCACGACAAAGAUAGACUGACAUUUAACUGUAUCCCCAAGCCAGAAGACUUCACCAGACAACGUUGUUAUGACAAUUAUACUUCUGCUAUGAGCCUGCUCCCACUCCAUCUAACACCAUUAGACUUUUCUGGUAUCGCGUAUGGUGGACUGGGGAUUGCCUGGGUGCCGUUUAUUUUUAUGGGGGCUACGAUUCUACGACGGAUCCAAAGAGAGCGAGGCGAACAAAGGAAAAGAAAACACUCGAAAACGUUUGUGCUGACAUUCAUCGCUCAUGUUUGCAUUCAGCUUAUUUUCCUUGGUGUCAUGAUGGGACUGUUCUGUACUUACCAGCGCCUCCAUUUUCCUGCGGAGUACAAAUGCCAUCAGACAAACAUAACGCUAACUUCACUUAACCAAAGGCCAGUUAAUAUUACAUGCAAUGACUUACGAUACAAAGAGAAAUCAAAACUAAACGUUGCUAUUAUUGGGAUUAUGGCUUUUUCCAUCGUACUUUGUUUAUUGACCCUUAUUCACUUAGCAGUAACAAGAAAAGCGUUUCUAGAGCAGCUGCUAGGAGACAUUUUUGAAAGGGAAGAU